GAAAAGUCAGGCAGGAAUGAAAACAAAGCGUUGCUGCAGCACGAGAUCGAGAGCGCGUGCACGUUUGUGUGUACGUUACAUACAGAAAUUUCUUACUACGCCAUAAGUAAUGAACACUUCUUCGUGUUUUACCUAAUUUCAUAGCAGUUAUAGCGUGGAACCUCGCCAAAACGUACAUGGAUUUCACCCGUGGACUUUAGCUUGGAGACUACAUAGCCCUUCGAUCGUAGCCAGCUAUCCUGGAACCCGGGAUAUUGCCAGAAAAAUUUGGCUCCAAUUUUUGUGGUAUGAGUACAUGGAACUUACGACCAGAGAUGUCAGUGGACGAGUAUCACCCCUUCAUCGAGGCAGUUCUGCCUCGCGUCAAAGGCUUCUCGUAUAUAUGGUUCAACCUCCAGGCCAGGAAACGGAGGCAUUACAAGAAACAUGAGAAACGGAUGACCCCCAUGGAGGAGAGGGUGGUCAAAGAGGAGCUCAUGAACGACAAACCGGAGCUCAAGCAGAAAUGGGCGUCGCGGUUACUCGCCAAGCUGCGAAAGGACAUCCGUCCGGAGUGCCGUGAGAACUUUGUGCUGAGCGUGACGGGCAAGAAGCCGCCCAUGUGCAUCCUGAGCAACCCCGACCAGAAGGGCAAGAUGAGGAGGAUCGAUUGUCUGAGGCAGGCCGAUAAGGUCUGGAGGCUGGACUUGGUCAUGGUGGUACUCUUUAAAGCGAUUCCGCUGGAGAGUACGGACGGGGAAAGGCUGGUCAAGUCGCCCAAUUGUACGAACCAUACAUUAUGUGUACAGCCCCAUCAUAUGGGUAUCAGUGUGAGGGAGUUGGACAUGUAUCUUGCUAACUUCAUCAUGCAGUCACCGGAACGAUCACUGAGUGAGUCAGACACGUUAUCGGUAGGCAGUGGAAGCGAUCCUGAUUUGCAAAUGAGUGUGCUGAAUGGUCAGGAGAACCACCACAUGUUUUCUUCCACUGGAGUCUUCACAGCAUUAGAGCUUAGGAGAAUCACACAAGUGCAAUAUUCUCCUUCUUCAUCCUCAUCAACAGUGCCAAUCUUAAUGGGAGGAGGAGAUACCGGUCUAGGUAGCGCCCUCAACCUUAGCGAGCUCCCUUCGCCCACCUACUACGCCAACAGCUACGCCAACAACGUCCACCCGGGGCUCGUGGGGAGCCAGACCAUGGGCGGACUGAGGCGCAACAUCCCGCUCUCGCUCACGCACGGCAACAAGCGCAUCAAGAGGAACUCGACCACGAUGUCGUCUGCCGAUGACGAGGUGGACAGCAUUGGAGAGGAGGGGGACAACAUGGGCGGGUACUACGGGAGGUCACCGGCCAACUCCCUAAGUAGCCACUCCAGCGGUUGGCAUAGCGACAUGGAUGCGGGAGCCAGCCCUGGGAUCCAUUCUCCCAACAUGAACAAGCCCAAAGCCGGUCUCCCUAACGCACAGUCUCCCACCGGAUCCAGACCAGGAGGUAUCAAGAUAGAGAGAGACGGCUCCAUGAGCGCCUGCACACUGCCCGAUGGUAGCCCACAGAAUGUUGAUCCUGUCUGUACUUCAUAUUUGCUUCCAGUUGGUCAACCAAACCUAUCUUAUGCCAAUAUGGCGCCCUCGCCUGGUCCGCCUUCAGCUGGGUAUUAUCAAAACCAGCUGAGAGUCCAUUCGGCACCGAACCAAGAGAGUGCCCAGCUGUCGGACUAUGUUCAGCUAGUCAGUCAUCAGGAGACGCAGAAUCAUCCGGUUCAUGUCAAGACCGGAGCAGCUGUAGGCAAUGCAAACAGUCCCACCAAGAUCGCCGGCUUCAUCCCUACCGCCAUGCUUCCUCCGCCUCCACCACCACCGGUAGCCAGACCCGUUGCCUUGACAACAUCCAUCGGUCAGAUGGGGACUCUCUCUGGUGUCAGCAACGGGGCCAGCUCAAAUGGCAAUAUGUCAACAAGCACCACACCUCUGAACCUGCCUUCAACAUCCAUCUUCACCAGUUGUCCCACCACCCCACCGGUCAGUAGAAGCAUCAUGACCAGUCCAUUCACUGUCCUGGGUCGGCCAGACAACUCCUAUGUCCACUCCCAACAGCAGAUGUUGUCAUAUCAGAACAUCAGUCCUGUCAACAUCAGUCCGACAUCACUGUCACUCCUGACAUCGCCUGUGGCCACUCCGAGGAGUACACCCAGAUCCACCCCUAUCCCACGAUGGAACGCUCCACUUGUAUCGAUUGAUGAAAGCUCGGACUAUUCCUUGAUGUCCAUUGCCGCUCAAGAAGCCUUCUUGCAGUUUGUUGCGGAGGCAGACCUGUCCGGUAGAAUGAUUUUCUCAAAAGCACAAAGUAUGAUGGCAGCAGGUGUCUCUGAAGACGUGCUGCUGAAUCAGGAAGCGAGGUUUGUUCCUGUGAUGAACUCUGAACCCAUGGACACUGGUCAGAACAAUGUGCCUUCCUCCAAGUGAUGUCUUGGAUGACCUCUGACCUGUGACCCUUCAACCCUAUUGACCUCCUCAGCUCACGGGAAGGAGAGGUCAUCUCCCAUUACCCAUCAGAUUUUGUGUGUGGAUGGACCAUGAUGCCGUGCAAGUGUAUCCGUGUGUGUGCCGGAGCCCACAGAACACUGCCCUCUGGGGAUGCAGUUGUGUCUAGUUUGGGGUCAAAAGGUGAAAGUUCAACCGACCUGUCAGAGCACCUGUGCGGUGGUCUGGAAACAAUGUUGGCAAGGAGGAGAUGUUGAUGGGAAAGUUACGAUGUAGCUUCGAGAAAAGCAAUAAGUGCAGCUGAUACGAUAUUAAGAAAAGAGGAUUUGCUAAGGCAAGGUGCGGCAGACCUACAUGCAGGGAUGACAAUGGAAUCUUACUAUGAUUAGAUGUAGGUAACCAUGAAAUGACUGAAGGCCAUCCACACAGCGGCCAUGUGAUGAACAUGUGAUGACCAUGUGAUGACCAUGUGAUUGCCAGCCACUUUUCAUGUGACACUAUACAUAGAGAUCAUGUGCCUCCAUGAACUGAACCUAGCAGCCAGUCUCUGUUGAAUGCAUGCUCAACCUGGCUUCAACGAAUACCAAGAACUGAAGACGGCGACGAAAACAAGACUUUUUUUUUGAUAAUGAAGAAGAAAGCGGGUAUUCUGUAAAUAGUCUAUGAUAAUAAUUUGAAAAAGUAUUUAAUUCCUUCAAAUCUGUUUAUUUUAUCUUCUAUUGCUUCUAUAUUAUAUUAUAGCCAUAUUCUUUUGUAUCUGAUUUUCGUUGUUGUAUAUGAAAUCAUUGUAUUCUAGAAGUUGUGCAAAGUGUGAUUGUUGUAGCUGAGAUUUCAAUGCAAAACCAAUGCAGGAGUGUAGGUUGUAGUGUAGCUUUAUGCGUCCUGUAGGUCAUUAUACAUCACGUUUCGUAGGUCACAGCUUAGUAAAGACACUAUUUAGUUGGAAAAAAACUCCUAUUUUCCUUUUAAAACGAUAGCAAUCCUAUUCAUAGACUAUUCUGUGUAGCUUUUAUGUUUCUUCGCUUAAGUGCAUGGUGCUGUCUCAUUUGGUUUGAAAUACACAAAAUCUUUUUCAUCCUUUGCCAAUUUUUGAGAAUUGGGAGGUAAUCAAAUUGAUCUGUUAUUUCUCUCUCUCUCUCUCUCUCUCUCUCUCUCUCUCUUUCCUCUUUCUAUCUCUCUCACUCUUCGUUUCUGCAUGAAUAGUUGGAUAGUCUUCUAUAAAGAGGAAUUAUGCUGCAGUCUGAUUUUAGCUGAGCAUGCAAGCAGAUGGAAUUACAAAAUCAAACUUGCCUUGAUUAUAGCAUAUUAGGUUUGGAGAUUAUUGAAUGAAGUGGGAUUUUUUCUACAACUUUAUUUUUCUGUUAAUGAAUUCCAAAGCAACUGAUAAUUGAUCAACCCUCAAAUCAUGAACUGAAUUUCUAUUUGCAUUUUGAUGGCAAUAAACAUACUUUCUUCUGUUAGAUUGGAAUCUUCUGAAAUUUUGUCGGAGAGGAAGACGUCUGUUUUUCAAGUGGAUCUUUUUAUGAAAUUAAAAAAAAUGUCUUCCCUGUCACUUCUUGAAAUUCUAUUUUAAGUGAAAUAUUUCUACAAUUUAAUUGUUAUAUUUGUUGAUGUGUAUGUGUGUGUGUGUUUGUCAUUGGCAGUAUUGUCUGAACUUCAAUCAGAGCACUUGUACCGAAUGGGAUUGUUGUUACUGCAACAGAAAAAUUCAGAUUUUUAUAUUGAUUUAUUAUGUACAUGGACAUGCUGUACAUAUAUAUUUUUUUUUCUUCCCU